CUUGCACCUUCGUGUCUUCCUCCAUCUCUUCUUCCUCCGCAACCCUAAAUCCUUCGCUUCUCUUCCCAUUCUUCCUCCUCUAAAAACAAAAACCCAGAUCUGCAUGGUGUGGUCUCUCUUCAGCUCUUAGAUUUGGUGUUUCUUGCAUUUGCACAAGAAUCUUAAAUUAUCAAAUUGUUACCAUCUUCUGAGUGGUGGGUCGGGAUUAGAGAAUCAAGUAGGGUUAAGAGAAGGAGGUGUUGUUACUGUUUCAAUAGAUCCCCUUACUGCUUCUUUUGAGGGGGUAGCCGGGGCCUCGCGCCUCGGCGGGUUUUAAAGCCCCCACCUAUACAAAAAUAGUGGAAAUAACAUCAACCAACAAUUUCUUCUUAGUUCUAACAAACUUCUUCUUCUUCUUGUUCAUUUCUUUGUUAUAACAACAAAUCUUUGCGGAAGAGGAUGCCUGCCCUGGCUUGUUGCGUUGAUGCUGCGCAUGCGCCUCCCGGCUACGCUUUUCCUGCCGGGGAUAGCUCUCUUCCGUUCCCGGUGCCAUGUUCGCCGGGCGUACCUCUUUCAACAACCUCCAUCCUUACCGCCGCCGCCGCCUCUGAAAAUUCCUCUGCUCAUUGGUCACCUUCCCUCUCUGCCGCGCUUUACAAAAUCGAUGGCUGGGGUGCUCCGUAUUUCUCUGUGAAUUCCUCCGGCAAUGUUUCCGCCCGUCCUUAUGGUACGGACACGCUGCCUCACCAGGAGAUUGAUUUGCUAAAAAUAGUGAAGAAAGUUUCGGAUCCAAAAUGGGUUGGUGGGCUGGGGCUCCAGCUCCCAGUAAUUGUUCGCUUGCCUGACGUGCUUAAAAACAGGCUCGAAUCUCUGCAGUCUGCUUUUGAUUUCGCAAUCCAGUCUCAGGUCUACGAGGCUCAUUACCAAGGUGUUUAUCCUGUGAAAUGUAACCAGGAUCGGUUUGUUGUUGAAGAUAUUGUGAGAUUCGGGUCUCCGUUCCGGUUCGGGUUGGAAGCUGGGUCAAAACCCGAGCUUCUCUUAGCUAUGAGCUGUUUGUGCAAGGGAAACCCGGAAGCGCUCUUGAUUUGUAAUGGGUUCAAAGAUGGAGAGUACAUUUCUCUCGCGUUGAUUGCGAGGAAACUCGCUUUGAAUACAGUGAUUGUGCUUGAACAAGAAGAAGAGAUUGACCUGGUUAUUGAGCUGAGCAAGAAAAUGUCUGUUAGGCCUGUGGUUGGUGUUCGAGCAAAGCUGAGGACAAAACAUUCGGGUCAUUUCGGGUCCACUUCAGGUGAGAAAGGGAAAUUCGGGUUAACUACGACCCAGAUUUUGCGGGUCGUGAAGAAGCUUGAACAAGCAGGAAUGCUUGAUUGCUUCCAGCUGCUGCAUUUCCAUAUUGGAUCUCAGAUCCCCUCUACAUCCUUGCUUGCUGAUGGUGUAAGCGAGGCUGCGCAGAUCUACUGUGAGUUAGUCCGUCUUGGUGCCCGUAUGCAAGUCAUAGACAUUGGAGGUGGGCUUGGUAUCGAUUAUGACGGGUCUAAAUCUGGUAAUUCGGAUCUUUCCGUGGCAUAUGGGCUUGAAGAGUAUGCUCUAGCUGUCGUGCAAGCUGUCAAGUUUGUCUGUGACCGUAAGAAUGUUAAGCAUCCAGUUAUUUGCAGCGAAAGCGGGCGUGCUAUUGUUUCUCACCACUCAAUUUUGAUAUUUGAGGCUAUAUCUUCAAGCUCGACUAGUGCUGCGUCAAUGACUUCGUAUGAAAUGCAGUAUUAUCUUGGCGGGCUUACUGAGGAUGCUCGUGCUGAUUACCGGAACUUAACUGCUUCAGCAAUAAGAGGUGAGCAUGAGGCUUGCUUGUUGUACGCUGAUCAAUUGAAACAAAGUUGCGUAGAUCAGUUUAAGGAAGGAAAUAUUGGUAUGGAACAAUUAGCUGCUGUUGAUGCAUUGUGUGAAUUGUUCUAUAAAACCAUUGGUGCAUCUGAUCCAGUUCGCACUUAUCAUGUGAAUUUGUCUCUGUUUACUUCAAUUCCUGAUUUCUGGGGGAUUGGACAGUUGUUUCCAAUAGUCCCUAUUCAUCGACUUGAUCAAAGGCCUGGCGCGAGAGGAAUUUUGUCUGAUCUAACAUGUGAUAGUGAUGGGAAGAUUGAUAAGUUCAUAGGUGGUGAGUCCAGCUUGCCACUUCAUGAAAUUGAAGGUGGUGGUGCCGGUGGUAAUGGUGGGAAGUAUUACUUGGGGAUGUUUUUGGGCGGGGCUUAUGAGGAGGCGCUCGGUGGAAUUCACAACCUGUUCGGUGGCCCUAGCGUCGUGCGGGUUUCACAGAGUGAUGGGCCACACAGCUUCUUAGUCACGCAAGCUGUGCCUGGCCCGUCAUGUGGUGAUGUCCUCCGAGUUAUGCAGCACGAGCCUGAGCUCAUGUUCGAGACCCUGAAGCACCGCGUCGAAGAAUAUUGUCACCAUGAUGAGGAUAGCGAUGAUGGUGAUAGCGAUCAUGGAAUGGGAAGCAUUGCUAGUUUAGCCAACAGCCUUGCUAGCUACUUCCAUAACAUGCCUUAUCUGGUGGCUCCUUGUUCAGUUACUGCUAUGAAUAAUAGUGGCUUCUACUACUGCAACGAGGAUGAUUACAAUGCUGCUGCUGAUACUUCUCCCUGCGAGGAUGAGAAGUGAUCCUAUGUCUGUGCUUGAGAGUAACAUCCCCGUUAAUGGUUGGUUUUCUGUUGGAGGUCGUCAUGUCAAUUUUUAGUAUCUUUAACUUUUAUUUUUGUCCAUUUUUAAUGUUCAUCAAAGAGCAAAAGAUGUAACGAUCAGGACAGUAUCUUUUGCAUUUCCUUGUGAAAGAGGGGAUGGAGAAACCGAAUAAUCUACCCUUUUGUAAAUUCGGAAACUUGUCCCCUCCUUUUAGUAGACUUUUUUCAAGAGUUCUAGUGCAAUAGUUCUGGCUUUUUUA